AUGAUUACAAUUAAUAAUUACCAUUUUCCUCCUUCUGAUACACCUUCUUCUUUUUCUUUUUUUUCUUCUUUUUUCUUUCUUUUUUCUUUUUCUGAUUUUUCAUUUUCUUUUUUUUCUCUUUUCUCCUUUUUCCCUUUCGCUUUUUUUCCUUUUUCACUUUUUCUUUUUGUUCUUUUUUCUUCUUCUUCUUUUUUCUUUUUCUUUUUUUUUCUUUUCUUUCUUCUUCUUUCCCAAAUAUUUUUCUGUUGCCUUUUUGCGUUUUCGUUCUAUCUGCCCAAUUCUUCCAUUCUCCAUUAUUUCUUCUCUUUUAAUUUCUUCAUUUUCUUCGGUUACCUUCUCUUUUUUUGUCUCAUUCACCUUCCUUACGUUUCUCUAAUUCUUCUAUUUCCUCUUUUCAAUUAUUUUCCCUACUCGUCUGUAUUCUCCCUCUUUCUCUCUCACUCCCCCUGUAUCUUUCUUUUUCUCCCUCUCCCUAUCUCUCUCUCUCUCUCUCUCUCUCUCUUUCCCUAUCUCUUCUCUUAUUUUUAUUGA